AUUUGGCCCCCGCGCGUCCCCCCGCACGCGCAAUCAACAAAACCCGACGCAAACAUUGCACCCCCUCACCAACCGCAAUUCCCGUGCUCCUCCUCACGCUUCACCCAGAUGCAUACACAUGACCCCCUCUCACCCCUCCCGCGACCCUUCACGGUGAUCAUCCUCGGCAGCAACCUCUCGUCGCUAUCACUGGCCCUGUCUUUAACCCGUAAAAACAUCGCGUUCACUCUUCUCGCCCGCUCACCGGGGCCCUUGCCCAUCGCCGACGACGACACCCCGGUAGUUCUGCACCCGCACGCCGUCGCGAUCCUUACGCAGCUAGGAGUCUGGGGCGCCUUACAAGCGCGACACACCCCGCUGUCGGGUGGAUGGUGGAGCGCCGUCGAGAACUCUCUCGGCUGCCCGUUUACUCUCCUCCCGCGCCGCCACCUGCUCGAAACACUCUUCGCGCUGCUCCCCGCCCCGUCAAUACAUGCCGACACGAAGGCGGUCGAUAUACGCGCCGACGCGCAGGGCGUCACCGUCAUUACCGCGGGCAUGGAAAUGUUCUGUGGCGAUAUCGUGGUCGACACCGAGGGCCUCGCGGCGGCGUUCCCGGUGCAGAGAGGCGAGUUUACGUGGAUUACGGGGGAUACGCCGGUGGAUGAUGCGGAUCCGAUGGAGGCCGAGGGGAAGCCAGGGAUGACGGUCAAAUCGUGGCAGGGCGGGGUGGAAGUGGCGAUAAGGAUGGAAGGGAGAAGUUACUGGUGGUCGUUGCUGCGCGGGGCGUCGGGUCAGGACGUUUCAUCACAUCUCCGUCUCGAUGCCGAUAGCACGCUGUCUACGCUCUGGCUCACACGCGCCUCCUCGCCCAAGAUCUCAGAGGUCGAAAUCGGCAUCUCCCCGCCGGGCCACUGGUAUAGCGCGCGUACCCUGCAGCUCGCCGAUGGGCUGUACAAGCUUGCACCAGCGGCCCUCCUUACCGCAUCGCUGGAGCUGGAGGGGGUGGCGGCACUUACGAACGCGAUUGUCGCGGCAGGUGAGGAUUACACUUUGGCUUUCAGCACGUUCGAGAAGGCGAUGAGGCCGCGCGCCGAGAUGUGUGCGUGGGUUUCUACACUUGCUACGCGUGUGGCGGUAAGGAGGGCGUGGUGGCAUGGUGUGCUGGCGAGGAGGCUGCCGGUGUGGGUCUAUUGUGAACUGGCUAUACGGUCUAUACUAUUGGAUAGCUCGGAAUUUCCCGUGCGGGGGAAAUUCAUCAGGGCUAGACGGGUUGGAGGGGUGGCGGGGAGAGUAGGUGAUAUAGGGCUGAGAACGAAGAGGGUACUUCAGAUGGAGGAGGUCAUGGCGGCGGUGCGGUGUGCGGUAACUGAUAUCGAAAGUAAGCCACUGGCAAGGUGGGGCGUAAGGUUAAUUGGUGGCGUGGCCAUGGUGAUGCUAGGGAUGCGCUGGGUGAAACGUGUGGAUUUUGGGUGGCUACUCGGGAGGGCAGUGGCUAUGUCGGUGGUGGCCGGAAGGAGGAGGUAUUAAGUGGAUACGUCGUGGAGGAUUACGAAUCAUAGGAUACAAAUGAAAGCGUACAAACCCUCAGGUCCCCAAACGCC